AUGCUCGGCACGUCGGUGCCAGAGCUAGUCUUCAUUCGCGUUUGUGUAUUCCUUUUGCAGUACAGUAUUCCGCUAUGCGUCAUAACAAUCGCUCUACUCCGUGUCGCAUUUGCUCAAAAUUGCGGCGUUCCCCUCAUCCUGACCAAGGUAUUUGCCGGCCUACUUGUUCUCGACCUAUCUUAUGCUGUUCUGCUAUAUCGGCCUUUCAAGUCCCGUUUACGUGCCUCUGCCAAUCACCCACAGAGCUUGACACUAGAAGAAAGGUCAGAGCUUUUUGAACGCUGUCUGGCCAGCAUAAGUGACCCCGAACGAUACCUCCAGCUGUGGUUUCUCGGGGCUGGUCCACAAGAGAUCAAGCGAGAAAAUGUCAAGGAUUUCAUUCUUUGGGCCUUUUUUGAUCGAAAAUCGGUUGAAAAGACUGUGGAGGGUGACGUGGAAUCUUGUGAGGACGAACUGGAAAGCUACGUGGUCCAGACAGAGGAGAUGCUGGGACGGCCACUGCCUCCAGGACGCGGGACGGCUGUACCUCUACGGCUAACCUUUGACGUGGUCGACACUCGGUACCGAAGCGUCGUGUGGUAUGCGAUUGUUUCGCUAGUCGACGGCGCGACCCACUGCAUGCUUCUCUGGCACGGCUUCCAACUACGCGUCCCGUCGUGGAGGACUGCCCUGGGCGUAUUUCCCUGGCGACCAGAGCUGCUGAUACGCUCAGUUCCAGGUUACAAGCAAGUUUGGAAGGACAAGUCUCCCUCGGACAAGCUGAGCUACUGGUACCGACCACACAUCUCCAAAACUACUCUUCCCGUGGUAUUCAUCCACGGUAUCGGUAUUGGGCUCUACCCGUACACGACACUCCUCGCAGAAAUCCCAAAAGAGACAGGCGUAAUCGCUCUUGAGAUCUUAUGGAUCUCUAUGCGUCUGUACGCUAAACCAUUAACCCGCGACGACUUCCUCCACCAGGUGAGACUUAUCGUCUCCUACCAUGGCUGGGACCGCUUCGUUCUUGUCAGUCACUCAUACGGCAGUGUUUUGACAACGCACAUACUGCGCUCUCCCAUGCUCGCACGAAAGGUCAGCAGCGUGGUCCUUGUGGACCCCGUCAGCAUCUGCCUGCAUCUACCAGAUGUGGCCUACAACUUCACGAGGCGGCCACCACAUCAUGCGAACGAGUGGAUGCUGUGGUAUUUUGCGAGUAUGGACCCAGGGACGGCGCUUUCACUGGGUAGGCAUUUCUUCUGGAAGGAGAACCUGAUUUGGAAGGAAGAGCUUGUGGCACUUCCAAGUGACGCCGAGAUGGUCGUGCGGAAAAUUGAGGCUGCUGGUGAGAGAUCUGAAACCCGGAAUAGAGGGGUUACAGCGUCUAGCGAGAGGCAAGAUAACAGAAGGAAUGUGGCUAUCGUUCUCUCCGGUAGAGAUCUUAUUGUGAACACUAUGAGUGUUGCGCGUUAUCUGCUCUGCGAAGGAGAUCUCGGCAGUUCAAUGCACCAUGAAGACGAGGCCGCCCAUCAUUUUACCAGGGGAUCCAUGACCAGAAACUGCGUGACGAAGGACGGAAUUGAGUUACUGUGGUUUCCAAAACUCGACCACUCGCAGGUCUUUGAUACGGCCACUGACCGCAGCCAGGUAAUAGCAAUCAUCGAAAGGUACUGCUCAAGUCGUUAG